AUGUUCCACGGAGGCAUAUGGACUAAGCUGAAGAGCUUCUACAAGUGGUACGUCCUCGGUCUUGUAUCGGUCGGCUACAUACUUGGUGAACUUGGACAUUAUCUUAUUGGUACCACGUCGAAGCUGACAGCAGAUGACCUUCAUUAUGGUGACAAGUCGUGUAUGCUGAACGCUACACAUCUAACAUUAAGUCAACUGCCUGUAGUAUGUGAGAAAGUCAACUCGAGCGAAAUCUGCGAAUCUCUAACCCUGAACGGCACGAAGUAUUGCGAAUGGGGCUACAAUGGGUUGGGUCUCGACUACCAGAUCCUCGCUGGACCAGCUUAUAUGGCUGUCUUCACAGUUGUAGGAGUAAUACUCGGCGUCGCAGCGGAUAGAUUUAACCGAGCUCGUAUCCUCAGUGUUUGUACCUUAAUAUACGUAUUGGCGAUUCUCGUUAUGGGCGGGGUGAAGGAGUACUGGCACUUGGUGUUGCUACGAAUGAUCAUGGCUGCAGGCGAGUCCGGGUGCAAUCCUCUAGCUACCGGGAUCCUUACAGAUCUGUUCCCGGAACAUCAAAGGGCCUUGGUGCUGUCGAUUUUCAAUUGGGGGAUUUAUGGAGGCUAUGGUAUUGCGUUCCCCGUAGGACGCUAUAUUCCACUGUUGAACGCUUGGGGACUUAGUUGGCGUGUGUGCUAUUAUGGAGUGGGUGUGGUUGGUAUUGUUAUUGCACUCCUAACAUUCCUGACACUACGAGAACCUGCAAGAACUACUAUCGGUGAAGAAGGUACUGGUACCAACAAAGGUGGUGAUGCAACUUUGGAGGCUGGUAAGAAGAUGCCCCAAGUAACAAUCUGGCACGUGAUUUGCCAACCGAGGAUAUUGCUGUUAUGUCUUGCAGCUUCUAUUAGACACUGCGGUGGCAUGACCUUCGCGUACAACUCGGACCUGUACUAUCGCGACUAUUUCCCCGACGUGGAUCUAGGCUGGUGGCUGUUUGCUGUAACAGUCGUCAUCGGCUCUGUUGGAGUGGUUGUUGGAGGUGUUGUGUCUGAUAAGUUUGUCUCUCGUAUGGGAGUUCGUUCUCGUGUGCUCGUGUUGGCUCUAUCUCAACUGGUAGCCACGCUGCCUGCAUUUGGUUCCGUCGCAUUUGGACCUCUAUGGGCCAUGAUCACGCUUGCCAUAUCCUACUUCUUUGCGGAGAUGUGGUUCGGCAUAGUUUUCGCUAUCCUGGUAGAAAUAGUACCUCUAUCAGUACGAUCCACCACCGUGGGUGUGUUUCUGUUCGUGAUGAAUAAUGUAGGUGGAAAUCUACCCAUACUUGUAGACCCGGUAUCCAAAGCCAUCGGCUACAGGGAAUCCAUUAUGAUCUUUUACGCUGGAUUUUAUGGCAUAAGUAGUAUACUAUUCUUCCUUACAAUGUUCCUCAUGGACGGUCCGGUGGAGAAAACUGAUAAUAACACCACGGGUCUCGACAAUAAAGCAUACAGCCACGACGAGCUUAGAAGCAACAGGAAUUUACAAGAAAAUACAGGACUGUAA